AUGAAUAGAUAAACAAUAAAGCAUUCCUGUAACCCAUGCAAGUACCUUGAAGACAUCUCUUAACUAAAAAGAGUAGAUUACUUUUAAUUCUUUUGUCUUCCCUAGCAAUACAACGUAGAUCUUAAUGAACUUAACUAGCACUAUAAAUAAUAUCAGAAGUUUAUUCACCCAGAUAAAUUUUCACUGGCCGCAGAUUAACUCUAAGAGAACUCAACAGAAUUAUCUUCAUUUGCCAAUAAUGCUUAUUUCACCUUGAUAAAUGAUUUGUAGAGAGCCAUUUAUCUCCUAAAGCUUAAGGGUGUGAAUGUAAUGUCCGAAGAUGAAUAGACAUUCGAUAUGGAAUUCAUUGAAAUCAUAUUCUCGAUAAGAAUGGAUGUAGAUCAAUGUGAAAACAUAGAUGAACUUAAAGAAAUACAUUCUGAAGUAAAAACUGAAUUAGAUGUUAAGUUGACAAGCUUAAAAUAAUUGUUCGAGCAAAAAAACUACGAUGAUGCGAAGGCAGAGGUUGAGAGAGUGGUAUUUUUGGAGAAAGUCAUUAACGAGAUAUAGGAAAAAGAAAUGUCCUUAAAAAUGUGA